UAAUACUUAAUAAAAACAUAAGAGUGUCUGACUGCCGGCAUGACAAAGUUUACCUCUUAUCGACGGAAAAGUUGCGGAAGUGCACACAUUUAUUCAGCACUGUGUGCGUCUCGCGCUCAACCUUCUUGGUUAGCUUAGCAUUGACUUUGACACUACAGCUGUAGCUAGGUAACCUGACUAGUCUCGUGCGCAUUUACGUGUCAAAAACGCGGUACUUUAAAAGCUACGGUAACACCUACCUGUUCAACAUGAUGUUCUAUACACAACUUUUUACGUCCAAGCGUGGCCCUUUAGCUAAAAUCUGGCUGGCAGCUCACUGGGAGAGGAAACUCACCAAGGCUCAUGUGUUUGAGUGCAACUUGGAAACAACCAUCAGAGACAUCAUUUCUCCAAAGAUGAAAAUUGGAUUGAGGACUUCUGGUCAUCUGCUCCUUGGUGUGGUCAGAAUGUACUCCAAGAAAGCAAAGUAUCUCCUUGCAGAUUGUAAUGAUGCUGUGGUCAAAAUUAGAAUCGCUUUCAGGCCAGGUCAAACAGACAUGCCUGUGGAGGGCCUUGAAGCCACAGUAAAAGCCAUUACUUUGGUUGAAGAUUUUACUUCAUUUGAUGCUCAGUUUCCAGACCUCAGCAACAUCGACGUUGAGGAUCACUUUUCACUGAACCAGUGUCGAUCGGAGGACAUCACUCUGAAGGAGAAUUUUGGGAACAACUUCCUGAGCUUCCCAAACUUUGGAGUUGAGUCACAGAGCCAAUCAAAUGCUUUGUUGGACCAAAGCUUUGACGACUUUUCCAAACAGGAAGAUGCAUUUGGGGAUGAAGAGAAUGGAUUGGAUCUUCUAGACUUUCUAACAAACUUCAGUGACGGUGCUGAGCCUUCACCCUUCAACCUGGAAGAGCUUCAGAAUGAAAAUCAACAGAGCUUCUCAGUGAAUGAUCAGCAGCAUCAAAUAGAUGCUGAAGUGGAAGAGCCGAUAGAGGCAGAGGCCCCCACAUUAAAUGAGACCACCCUGCUCACCAAUGAGGCAGCAGCCUUCGCCCUGGAACCUGUGGCCGUCACUCCAAACUCAGGAAAGAAGAUUGGAAAGAGAAAACGCAAGUUGGUGGUGGACCAGACUAAAGAGCUGAGCAAUGACUUCAUCAGGGAGCAGAUUUGUGACAGCUCGGACCUGGUUGCUCCUUUGGACAUGGCUCCACCGACUGUGCAGCUCAUGCAGUGGAAGGAGAGCGGAGGUGCUCACAAACUCUUUUCACAGCCGUGUUCCUCUGUGGUAAAUCCACAGAUAAAGGAGCUUUUUGUCAAAAAUAUCUUCAAGAGUAAAUAUUACAGUGGGAGUGAGGASGCUGAGGAAAUGCGUAAAGAUGAACAAGAAGCUCAGAGCGACAACAGUGCUCUCACCACAGACGACUUCACUGUCGUAGAUUCGUCUGUCAAUACUGAAAAAACACACAACACUGAGCUGAUGGGCAUCGAACACAUCACUGAUGAGACUAAUCCAGCUCUCGUACAAGCGGGAAACGAGUCAGAGUUCACACAUCCAGAACUCCCGUCAGAAGACUCCCUGUUUGUUCAUCCGUCCUGCGAGGAGCACAACACUCAGUCCACUUCCCUCCACACUCAGUCUCUGCUGGACAGCCAGGACUUUCAGGAGAGGAGGAUCAAUAGAAAAGCACAGAAACUUCUGAGUGCUCUGAAACAGGUCCAGAGCAGCAGAGACUCAGCAUUCAGCCUGCAGGCUCUCUGUGAAGGAAGCACUCGAUCACAUGCUGCAACCACGUUCCUCUGCCUUCUUCAUCUGCAGAAACAACAAACAGUCCACCUGCAUCAGAGCGCUCCCUACCAGGACAUCAGCGUGACACCUGGACCCAAGUUCUACAGUUAGAGAAAUCAGAGUCAGCUGUGCAGCUUGUAGGUGCUGCACAUCUGUGUUGUGUUCAGUUCCUCUCCCAGGUUAAACCUGCUUGAAACGAAAAUGUUUUCUAUCAAAUGUUUUGCUCUUCCAUCGUUUACUUGAAAACACUUUAAAAGAAUAUUUUUCCUACAGCGUGUUGUCAGACUGUUUUUACAUCAUAACUAAAAACACAUAUUUACCAACCGCAAGCAUUUUAAUACAGAUAAAACUUUAAUUCUGUUA